CAAAGACUUGGGCAGGGGGCCCAAAGUUCUGCUGUUGGAAACCACCACGACCUGCGCAUCACCACCAUUGUUAGCCCAUUUUGGCGCAGGGAAAUUGUUGUGCGCGGACGGAGACUUCUCAUUUACCUCCGCCUCUUCCUCCAAACGAUCCUCUUCCUCUAUCACCACCUCGAAACCCACCACGACCGCGCGAAUCGCCUCGGAACGACAUUGUUGCGGGUUCGGGACGAAAAGGGUGUUUUGUUGGCUUUUGCAAGACCAACUGUUCGCAGAAAGGACUUGGAGACAAAAAUUAUUUCAUUCGCUGCUACCUUCGAUGUUCCGAGCUGCGUUUCGCGGGCAGAAUUUCGGAAAACACGUGAUCGACACUUCAAAUCGACACCGUACCCACACCGGGACGGCCACAUUACUACAGUUCCACCACAAUUAUUGCACGACCCUGCCCCGAUCCUUUAUCAUGAGCCAUCAGAAGAAAGUCAGCUUGAAUCCGCAUGAUCUCUGGGGCGUAUUGAAAGGCGCAAGUAUGACGGAAAACGGUACAGCGGGAGGCCCAACUGAGUCAUCGGCACCCGCCCCUGAAUCUCAGACCUCAAAAAGACCAACUAGCCCAACUUCAAGCAAAAAGAUCCCCAAUAGACCCAAAAACAUGUCUACAAAGGCCGCUCCUGAGGGUGCUGCCAAAUCCCAAGCCCCAGCAUCCUUACCUGACUUCAUCGUCGAACGCAACAAACUGUUCGAUGAGCUCAAGAAAAAGCACGAUGAGGAACUCGCCCGUAAGGAGAAAUCCCCCAUCCAGAUCAAACUGGUCGCGGCUCCGGGUCAAGAAACCACAAUCGAGGGCAAAGCUUGGGAAACUACUCCCGGCCAACUACUAAAGAAUGUCCCCAAAGAGCGCGCUGGGCAGAUUGUGGUGGCCAAGGUUGACGACAAGCUGUGGGAUCUCGACCGACCGCUUGAAAAGGACAGCAAAGUGUCUUAUCUCACCUUCGACGACCCAGAAGGCCGAGACGUGUUCUGGCACUCGUCGGCUCACGUCCUAGGCGAAUGUGCCGAGCACGAGUACGGAUGUCGACUGUCUCACGGUCCCCCGACAGCAAUGGGCUUCUUCUACGACAUGGCGCUUGAACCAGGUCGGUCUGUCCGCGAGGCGGAAUGGCCAUCGCUCGAGAACCGGGCCAAGAAAUUCGCCAAGGAAAAGCAGGCCUUCGAACGGCUCGAGGUGUCCAAGGACGACCUGCGCAAGAUGUUCGGCUACAGCAAAUACAAGAUGCACUACAUUGAGAAGUUCAUCCCGGACGGCGAGUCAUCAACAGUGUACCGCAACGGCACGCUGGUGGAUCUGUGCCAGGGCCCGCACAUCCAGAACACGCGGAAAAUCGAGUCGUUCAAGAUCAUGAAGAACAGCUCGGCGUAUUUCCUGGGCGACCAGAACAACGACUCUCUGCAGCGGAUCCACGGCGUGGCAUUCCCGAGCAAACAGCAACUAAAAGAAUGGGAGCAUUUCCUCGAGGAAGCCAAGAAGCGCGACCACCAAGUCAUCGGGCAACAGCAGAAGCUGUUCAUGUUCAACAAACUGUCGCCGGGGUCGCCCUUUUUGUUGCCGCACGGCACCCGGAUCUUCAACGCCCUUCAACAGAUGCUGCGUGAGCAGUACUGGGAACGUGGGUACCAAGAGGUGCAGACGCCCAACAUGUACGAUGUCGAGCUGUGGAAGACCUCAGGCCACUGGCAGCACUACCAAGACGACAUGUUCCGAGUGGUGGUCAAGGACGAUGUAGCGGAGCCGAUGCCACUAGCGGACCAAAAGCCCGAUGGCAAGCCCGUGGCCGAUCUAAAAGAAAAGGACAAGGACAAGGGUGUCUUUGCCCUGAAGCCCAUGAAUUGUCCUGGCCACUGCAUCAUGUUCCGUGACGAGGAGCGCUCGUACCGCGAACUGCCAUGGCGAGUGGCCGAUUUUGGCGUGCUGCACCGCAAUGAAGCCUCCGGUGCGUUGUCGGGCUUGACCCGUGUGCGCAAGUUCCAGCAGGACGACACGCAUAUUUUCUGCACCAACGAACAAGUCCAGAGCGAGAUUGAGGGCCUGUUCGACUUCAUGCAACACGUCUACGGUCUGUUCGGUUUCCCCUUCAAAUUCAAGCUGUCCACCCGCCCCGAGGGUUACAUGGGCACGCUUGCCGAAUGGGACGCGGCCGAAGAGCGACUGAAGCAGGCGCUCCAAAACUUCCGCGGCGAUGACUGGGAGCUCAACGAAGGCGACGGCGCCUUCUACGGGCCCAAGAUCGACAUUACCAUCUCCGACGCCCUCAAGCGCGAGUACCAGUGCGCCACCAUCCAGCUCGACUUCCAGGGCCCGCAGAACUUUAAGCUCGAGUACCGCACCGGCGAGAGCACCGAGGCCGUAGCAGCCUCCGCUGCUGCUGCCGAGGACAAGGAGAAGCAGCAGGAGCGCGAUGCAAAGGGUCUCGCUCCCGGCAUGGCUCGUCCCGUCAUGAUCCACCGCGCCAUCAUCGGCUCCUUUGAACGCUUCAUUGCCAUCCUGUGCGAGCAUUUCGGUGGCAAAUGGCCUUUCUGGCUGUCUCCGCGACAGAUCCUCGUGAUUCCCGUCAUGAAGGCCGCCGAGGACUAUGUCCGUGAGAUCCAGGCCAUCUUCCACAAGGCCAGAAUGUACGUCGACAUCGACGUCAGUGGCAAUACUUUGCAGAAGAAGAUUCGGUCUGGCCAGUUGGCCCAAUACAAUUUCAUUUUUGUCGUUGGCGCCAAAGAACAGGAAUCCCGUACCGUCAACAUCCGCAACCGUGACGACCCGGCCACCCAGAAGAUGGGCGAACUCAUUCCCCUCGAGAAGGCGUUGGAGCGACUCGUCAGGUUGCGCGACGAGAGGAGGUUGGAGAACAAGAUCGAUAUGACCCACUAGAGAGCCAAUCCAAUCUGCGUCAAAUGUAUUGGGGGUUGGGGAUUGCACCGUCAGUAUCAGGGCUGGUUUCAUGACCGCGUCCAAUCCAGCCAGCCAGUCAAAUCUGGUCGGAUUGUUUCAUCGUUCGUGCUUUUCGGGGAUUUUCUUUCCUCUUUCCGCUCGUGGUGGGUGUUGAGCCUGGAUGUCAAGACGUGUUGUCACCGUGAAGCAUAUAAAGGGUACUGUCCAGACUUGACCCAACAUGGGGAAUGGACAAGUUAAACGGGAACAAAACGACGUAGAAAAAGAUGGGUGCAAUCUACACGUCUAGUGGUGUUGAAAAGAAGCCAAAAUGGCUGUGUUCUACGUAGGUUACACACUGUUCAGGCCGAGUUCCUUCUCAUACGUCAAUGGGAAAUACGCUCUGUAGCUAUAGAAGUUCUACAACUAUUUGCAUCAACGAAGAAUAUCGAUGAAGCCAUGGAUCGAGACGAGGAAAUCAAAGUUCAUCCAAAAUUCAAAGACGCACAA